UGAUUGGUACAAAUUUUUAACGGUGGCAAUAAUAAUUUAGAGCUAGAGACCACGACAUAAAUGUGUAAAAAUCAUUUGGUUUUGUGUGUGUGGUGUUUGUUUCUUUGAAUUUUUAUAUGGUGGAGGGUUUGAUUUACAUCGGAAUGCUUAGAACAACAUGGCUAAUCAUAUUCAUCGCGAGCAUAGAUCGGGUCAUUCCCGAAUUCUCGCCCGUAACUUCCUAUGACCUAAUGAAGUGCACCUACGGCGAACGAGGAUCCCUGACCGCCACCUGUGUAAACGCCACGCCCAGUUUCUUCAAAAACACUCUGUACAAAUUCGAUCACUUGGACGAAACGUUACGCUGCGUCAACUGCACUCUGAAAUCAAUCGAACCGGGCACCUUCGACUUGAACGGCAACCAAAUCAAACACCUCGAUCUAAGAAACAGUCAGAUCGAGUCGAUGAAGCAAAAAGCGUUCAUGGGGCUGAUCUUCGUCGAGACUCUGGAUCUGUCACAGAACAAAAUCAGAUCAGUGUUCCCGGCGACAUUUAUCGGGGUGAAGAAAAUUGCGUCGAUUAAUUUAUCCCACAACGACAUUACGAUUCUCUCCGAAAACGGGUUCCUGGAAUUGGUCAACUUGAAAACGCUGGACGUCAGUUGGAACCAGAUAGAAGUUUUGGACGAGAAGGCCUUUAACGGAUUAAAAAGCCUCGAGCGUCUAGACCUCAGCAAUAAUAAAAUUACAGAGCUGAGAAAUGCGUUCGAGAACUUGACGAGCUUGGAGAGUAUAAACUUGCGCAGCAACAACAUUAAAACUAUCCGGGGCGAGGAAUUUUACAACCUGACGAGUUUGCUCGAAAUCGACCUAUCCCAAAACGACAUAUCGACGCCGCUGUUGCACAUGUCUCCCAACGCCCAACUACGCAGCCUCAAUUUAGCCCACAACCGCAUCGUCCUCCUUUCCCCGACGUUCCUGGAAAUCCGUUCCCUGGAAGAACUGGAUCUGAGUUUCAACAAAAUCACCUCCAUCGCACGGAAGUCUUUCACAAACCUUUUCAACUUACACAGCAUCGACGUUUCUUACAACGAGCUGUGCGAAAUAAAAACCGGAUCGUUCACAGGACUGCCUCAGCUUAGAGUUUUAAAUUGCUCCCACAACGCCAUAACCGACGUGGUAAUCAGUGGGGUGUUUCUGUUGCACAGCCUGCACGCUUUGGACCUCUCGUUUAAUCGAAUCUCAGAUUUGGAUUACACCGCCCUAAUAUCUCGAUUACCGAGACUUUCCUAUCUGCAGCUAGAGCAUAACGCGCUCGCCUGCGACCUGGAGGCGGAAAUGGAGCGGUACUUUCUAGAAGACAAUUUCAAGUUUGUCCUCUAUUCCAACAUACCGGGUGAGCCCAAGUGCGUCGACAAACCGACGACGAAGCACUCCCAUACGGCUUUGGAAUCCGUUCAAGCUCCCGCCUCGGUUACAAAUAGUCAAAUAGCGAUAUUUAUUAUCCUUUCUUUUCUCAUCGUUGCUGUGGCGGGGUUGUUCUACCUUCAGUACAGAAUUUACAGAGAGACGAAGUUGGGCAGGGCCGUGUCUACCGUGCAGCUUUUAGCGACGGACUCUAACAACGAAGAGCAUGUGCGUAUUAAGAUAUAAAAUUGUGAUAAUAAAUUUUUCAUUAUUAGUAGCGAAAUUUUCUUUUCCCGUAGUAGUAAGUAGUAACCAAUGUAAUGUGACUUAAGAUCGCUGGGUAUUUUACAAUUCAAUGAGACCUCUAGCAAAAAAACGUGAAAUAGCAACAUUGUUUGAAUAUGAGUUUCAUGUUUGGAUUGUAUGGGAGGUUUGUGUUACCUUUGUUUGAAAAAUAGUGAUAAAACGAUACUGAUAUUGAUAUCGGUAUAUACGCAUAUCCCCUGUUAUCGCCGGUAAAAAAAUAUUUGUCUGUCCAGUGCAUAAAUGAAACUAUUAAAAAAAUAAAUUU